UCAAGCCUCGGCCAUUAGUAGAGUCGUAGAAUAGAUGUAUUAUUAUUAUUCUGUUCGGCCAUUUCUCCUUGGUCUGUGACAUUUGAAAUGGCCUCGGAUGAACCGAAAAGACAACCGAGCACCGGCAACCCGGAGAGGAAGAAUUCCGAGUCUUCGCUCCAGGACAGCGGGACUCUGAGACGGUCACUGCGAAGAGGAAGCUCCUUCACCUUCCUCACCCCAGGACCAGAAUGGGGCUUCAGGCUGAAGCGGAAACGCAGGGAAAAGGAUGACGGCGACGACGCAGUCAGUCUCUGCAACUUUGACUUUAAGGAACCCAGCACAAAGCGUGUCCGUCCUCUCGGCAGGGUGACGUCGCUAGCCAACCUCAUAUCUCCGGUGAAGAAUGGGGCCGUCCGGCGCUUCGGCCAAACCAUCCAGGCCUCCUUCCGGGGCGAUGGCAAGUCGCCGGGUGUGCCCCAGAAGCCUUGCAGCAAGCCAGCGGCCCCCACGCCGCCUAAAAGGAGGAACAGCGUGCUGUGGUCGGAGACGCUCGACGUCCACCAGAAGGGAACUUUCUCCACCAAAGAGAUCAAACGGCAGGAGGCCAUAUUUGAGCUGUCUCGUGGUGAACAGGACCUGAUCGAGGACCUCCAGCUCGCACGCAAGGCGUACCAUGACCCAAUGUUGAAGCUCUCCAUUAUGUCAGAAGAGGAGCUCACUCACAUUUUCGGCAACUUGGAUGCCUACAUCCCUCUGCACGAGGACCUCCUGGCGCAGCUCGCCAAAGCCACGGGGCCAGUUGGGACCGUGGGCCAGAUCGGCCAAAUCGUGAUGAACUGGCUGCCUCGGCUUAACGCCUACAAGGACUACUGCAGCAACCAGCUGGCAGCCAAGGCGCUGCUGGACCAGAAGAAGCAGGACCGGCGGGUGCAGGACUUCCUGCAGCGUUGUCUCGAGUCGCCCUUUAGCAGGAAGCUGGACCUGUGGAGCUUCUUGGACAUCCCGCGCUCUCGCCUGGUCAAGUAUCCACUGCUGCUCAAGGAGAUACUGAGACACACUCCAGCAGAACAUCCAGAUGCGGCCAACCUAGAGAAAGCGAUCACCAUCAUUCAGGGUGUGCUGUCGGACAUUGACUUGAAGAAGGGCGAGUCUGAGUGCCAGUACUACAUCGACAAACUAGAGUAUCUGGACGACAGGCAGAGAGACCCUCUCAUCGAGCAUUGCAAGAGCCUGCUGUGUCACGGGGAGCUUCGUAACAAGAGCGGCACGAAGCUGCACGUGUUCCUGUUCACCGAGCUGCUGGUCCUGACCCGCCCCGUCACCAGGAAUGAGCGCCAGUGUUUCCAGGUCUACCGCCAGCCCAUCCCAGUGCAGGACCUAGUGUUGGAGGACCUGCAGGACGGAGACGUCAGAAUGGGCGGCUCCUUCAGGGGCGCUUUCAGCAACGCAGACAAAGCCAAGAAUAUUUUCCGCAUGCGCUCUCAAGACCCCAGUCAGGCGCAGUCCCACACGCUGCAGGUCAACGACGUCUUCCACAAGCAGCAGUGGCUCAACUGCCUCCGGAGCGCCAUUUCCGUCCACCGACCCCUCAGCGAGCCCUCCACACCCUCCCCGCCGGCCCACGACGCCCGCACCAAGCGCCGGCCCUCCUCCGUUUCCGCCAUCGUCCACAUGGAGGAGGCGGAUGAGAACCACCUACAGCCGGCCUCUCAGUCGGCCCCCUGCUCACCGUGCAGCAGCGCGACCCCCAGCCCCACUACAGCGUCCCCUUCCUCCCGCUCCUCCUCCUCAACUUCAUCCACGACGUCAUCCCCAACGUCAUCGCAGCUCUCCUCGCCCACGUUGCUCAAAACCAAAAAGGACAAGAAGUCCCUGUGCUCUUUGGGGAAGAGAAAGGAGACAAUGGUGUGAGCUGAGGUGGAACAAGAUAACGGACUCCUGAGUGGACACUUUGAUUUAUUUUUGUACAUAAAUGUUAUAAACCGUGGGACUUGUAUUUAUGUGUGCCUGAGCGCAACAGUGUUCUGUGUUACUGUCCUCUUCGGCAGCUAUUUACCUCACCCCUCCAUCCAAGAGCACCGCACAGAGACAGUAUUCUGCAGGGACGUGCACGGCUUCCCCAGCUCUGAUAAGGGAAGCGGAAUGAGAAGCAAACACACCUUUCUCACACGGACCUAUGUGUUGAUUUUCUGAAGAUAGAGGUGGUGCAUUCAACCCUGUUUACUAUUAAUUUGAUAUUUAAGCAUUACAUUAGACCUUUUUUGGGGGACUAAUCUUUUACGUUUUUUAUUCUAAAAUGUAUUGUAUUUUUUUAGAUAUCAUAAAGCAGCACUGUUUUAGCGGAAGUUAUUUAAAAGUAUAUUUAGCAGGCAAGAAAGGAGGAGAAUCACCCCAAAGGGUGAGGUGUACUACACAGAGCCACAAAGUUCUCUGUGAAAGUCCGAUUUUUUGAUUAAUCAGAAUUCAAUGUCUUAUUUUUAUACAUUCCUUUUAAUGACAGAUUUUUUUUUUUAAUCCACUGCAGGCAUUAAUUUAAAACCAGGGACAGAUGAGACUUCAGUCUCUAACCAUCAUUAUGGGGUGUAUCAUCUGAUGUCAAAAUCAGAGAAGGGAUGUUACGUUUUUUUUUGGAAACAAAAUUUUGAACUGAGCCAUGUUGGUUUUUUAAAAGCUGACUUUUCAGAAUGAAACGGAUCCCUUUUCAGUGCAGCAUCUUGCAUGGAGCUUUAGUUGUGGACCCUGCGUGCACCAGUAGAGGCAGCAGGACAUUUUUACCUGUCCUGGGGGACAGGACAAUUACACUUAAAAGACUGGUUGAUGGAAAUAAGAAGUUUGUGGAAGGUUGAAGGGAAAAGCGAACAGAUGGAAAAAUGAACGAUUGUCACCGCAAUGUGUUUAACUCAAUUAACUUCCUGAGGAAGUUGAUGUGAUAUCUUGCUAAUAGGUGAAAGGUGGUAAACAUCAAGUGAGUAUAAUUGACAGGAAAAGGUACGUAGGGGAAGGAAGAUUAAAAAAGGUUUAUUGUACGUGAGAACAUGAUGAGGAAAAGAAAAGAGAAGAGAAGAAUUGUAUGUAAUUAAAGAACAAUAAAGAUCUGUGUAAGAUUUGCAACUGAAAUUGGGUUUUCAUGUUUUUGUU